AUGGAAGCCAUCUCCAUAGCAAACCAAACCACUACUGGAUUUGUUCUCCUUGGUUUCUAUAACAUCCCUGAGCUACACCUCCUUUUCUUUAUUGUGUUCACUGUUGUUUAUGCCUCAAUUAUCAUAGGGAAUAUGCUAAUCAUUGUGGCAGUGGUUAGCUCCCAGAAGCUCCACACACCCAUGUAUUUCUUUCUGGCUAAUCUGUCCUUGCUGGAGAUCCUCUACACUUCCACAGUGCUGCCAAAAAUGUUGGAGGGUUUCUUGAAGGAAGCUGUCAUUUCUGUGGCUGGUUGCUUGCUUCAAUUUUUUACUUUUGGCUCUCUAGCCACAGUUGAAUGUUUCCUGUUGGCUGUCAUGGCGUAUGAUCGCUACCUGGCAAUCUGUUACCCACUCCAAUACCAACUCCUGAUGGGGCCUAGAUGGUGCUUGGGGCUGGUGGUCACAGCCUGGCUGUCUGGUUUCAUUGUAGAUGGAUUUGUUGUGGCUCUGAUGUCACAGCUGAGGUUCUGCGGUCCUAAUCACAUUGACCACUUUUACUGUGACUUCAUGCCUUUGGUGGAGCUGGCUUGCUCAGAUCCCAGAGUGGCCCAGGUGACAACCAUCAUUCUCUCCGUGGUCUGCCUCACUGUUCCCUUUGGGCUAAUUCUCACCUCCUAUGCCCGGAUACUGGUGGCUGUGCUAAGAAUUCCUGCUGGGGCCAGCAGGCGAAAGGCUUUCUCUAUCUGCUCCUCUCACUUAGCUGUAGUGUCCACAUUCUAUGGAACCCUUAUGGCCUUGUACAUUGCACCCUCUGCUGUCCACUACCAGCUCCUUUCCAAGGUCUUUGCUCUGCUUUACACUGUGGUCACCCCUAUGUUUAAUCCUGUGAUCUAUACCCUGAGGAACAAGGAGGUUCAUCAGACAUUGUGGAAACUUCUCUAUAAUAAACAAACAAACUGA